GUUUCCCAGAAACUUUAACGAGUAGGAAAUUGAUGGCUUGGAAUGAUGGAUUGAUUAGAACGAGUCAAGUGUGCUAUUAGGAGUGCUAUUAGGAGUGGGAGAAUUAUCGUUUGUUAUCUUAUCAGAGAAUUUAAGAUCGACGAAGAAAAUGCAAGAAAAAUCGUCAUUUUUGGGGUCUUUGCAUUAACUACGAUUUUAUUGAAGACUCACUUGAAGGAAGGUAUCGCAAUUUUUCUUUCGUGGCGAUAAUAUCUAUCUAUUUAUUGACUUUGGAGGUUGUUUAUUUUUACCUACCUAGUGAUAUUAUUAUUCUUCGUGAUUGGAUUUACUAUAUUAUACCUACUUGUACUAUAUCUGGAAUAUAGACUAGAGCUAGAAGGAGGAACAGAGGAUCGAUCUAAGUUGAAAAUCGAAGAGAUGUCUGAAGAAACAUAUAAGAAAGUUGGACGAGGAGGCGCGGGGAAUUUUUAUAGUAAACAGGAUGUGGAGAGGAGUAAUGGGACUUCUGUAUGUAUAUUUCUGCCUUGCCCCUUCAUCUAUUCCUCUUCACCCUUCCUUCACUCGAUACAACCAGCAACGACUAACUUAAUCGCAAAGGACCUCGAAGCGCAAUCCUCAAGCUCAACAAAACACAAUAAAACGCCCUCCUUAAUCUCACAAGCACUGCGCGCAGUAGGUGGUGGACCUCCACCUGAAUAUCAACGUUUGUUCCCAUUCUCAUCUGCUCUCCCUAUCUCCCUUCCCUCGCACUCACAUCUCCUCCAUUCCCAACAAAAACUAACACCCAAACCAGACACCGGCCGCGGCGGCGCAGGAAACCUCGCUUCACCUGCUUCUCUCCUAAACUCAGGUCUCACCCAAACAACAACUAAUUACCAAAACCCCACCAUUAACCCCGCGCCCCCAUCGAGUUCGCCCAGAAAUGUAAAGAGUAGUAUGCAGAGUGUUGUGUAUAAAGGCGGGGUAAGUCUUCUAUUUCUAUUUCACCUCCAUUCGACUCCUCCCUCUUCUCUUCACUUGAGCGAAAGAAACCCGAAUCAUAAUACAAACAAAAGAUAUAGAAAAAAAAUAGAAAACUAACCUAAAAAUAUAUAUACAGCGAGGCGGCGCAGGUAACUACAAUUGGGAAGCAGAUGAAAUAGUUAAGGAAAAUCAACGUAUUUCAGAAGAAAACUCACGAAGAGAGAUUGAGAAGAAGGUUGUGGGGGAUGUGGAUGGAGAUGGGGAGGGGGGUUUGAGGAAACCUGGGAGGGCUUAUGAUAUUAAUGCGGGGAAGGAGAUGGAGGGGGAAGGUGGGUGCUGGGUGGGAAGGGUGGGGUGAUGGGUGCGAGGUUGGAGUAAAUGAAUGUGUUUGGGGAGUGUGUAUGUUUUGGCUUGGAUAGGUGGAGUGGUAGAUGGAAUGAUAUUUGGGUUUCAAUGCGGAGUUGAGUAAGUACUCGAUGCUCGAUACUUGAUAUUUGAGAUGAGCUGUGAGAUUGAAGCAUAGGAGAUACGAUGGAAUAGGAGGAAGUCAGCCUUGUAUUAUUAUCUCAACAUUGGAUUUAUUUAAGGAUCCGCCAGGAUAGAUAGACAUAGAUCUGAGACGGGCGACUGUCGAUUCUUUUGUUUUUUUUUU